GCGAGGGCCCUUCGCAGUGUGUCCUAUGGCUUGGGGGUAUAAAGACGAGGCUGAUACGGCGUUGGUCACGUUGACGCACUCUUCUUUCAGCAGUGCUCAUCCCACCGAUCUGUGGUCGCCCCUCUCCUCUCAUUCUCGCCAUCAACGUGCUAUCGUGGACGCUGGUCGGCCUCAUAACACGCACCAACGGAAGCUCAACCUCUCCCUUAGACUUGACACAAUAAUCACUGCAGAGCUUUGCUUGGUCAUAGCUCGAGCACUCGCGCCAAGACUCUAAUAAGCGGCUGGCACCGCGUCUGCUCCGACCAACGUCGUCAGCGGCAAACCCCCCUUUACUAUCAGACGAAGUAGUCGCCAUACCACAAAAACAAAAUGCAGCUACGAAGACGAGCUAUUCACAUCGCUUUGGCGAUCUUGCUUGUGCAGGCCUAUGCCGAGCCACUGCCUCAGAAUGGCGAUGGCAACGUAGCUCCGGCACAAGUCUCCGACAGUGCGAAUCCAUCACCGCUCCAACAAAUGGUCGACGGAAAUCCGCAAGGCGAUCAGAGGAAGCACACUGACAAGUCAUUGGCGAAGGACACCGAUGGUGCAAAGUCGCAGCAAGCAGAAUUAGCUCAACUUGUCGCACCGACUGAUUACGGUACCUUGCCCAGCAAUGGAGGCAGCUCUGCAGUUCCCGUCGCCAGUCCGCUGGUCGGUCAGUCCGGCCUGGCUUCCACGUCGAAUGCGAAUGGUGCAUACGAUGACCCGGUGUCAGGAUUGCCGCCUCAACAAACGCCGACGAUCAUUGUAGUGAACACACCUGCAAACGGAACAGGCAUCAGUAGCUCCAGGACGUCCGCAUCCCUCGCCAGCACUCAACUUGGUCUAGGAAGCACAACCUCCGAUCCCUACAGUGCCACUUUUCCCGCAUUUUCCACUGCUCCAAACACCCAGACUGCGGUCUACGGCGUCCCGACGCUUGCAUCUGCUCUACCGAUGUCCGGCGCGAGCGAUACAGGCUAUGACUCUUCCAGGACCCUGGGGGGUCUUCCAAACGGUGGCAUCACUUCAUCCGCUCUGCCCAUUGACCCGUACCCGUCUCAGGCCAGCACGACACAGUCGCCAACGACACCUACAGCCAAUGCAAUCGCCAAGGCGGUAAUCAAACAGCUCUGCAAGAUGGCCAAGGGAAACCACCCUGGUACCGCAAACGCAGGUGACCACUCGAUCGGCGACGGUCAGGCUGGCUGUGAUCUGAGAGCGCUCUUCGGACUAUCCACGAGCAACGGCGCGGCUAGCACAAGCUCUUGGAAUACGCCUCUGGUUGCGGACCAAACCACCCCGUUCUCGGGCGCAGCUGUCAACAAAAGCAGCGAUAAAGAGAAGCAAAUGGAAGACUUUAUGAACUCUUCGGCUGGCGCUGCGACGAAGGCCGAGGAGCCAGCUUCUGAUCGCAGCGCGGCAUGGGGCAAGUCAGACGGAAAGACCACAUCCGCCCUGGCUGAACAAGGCAACCAGCAAAGCAGCACGGCAGAUAAGUCUGAUGGUUUGAAGCAGUCCGACUCCGCUAGCACCUCCGAGAGUGGGGACCAAAAGCCCGAGGAAGACAAGCCUAAAGAAGACGAGCCGGCGAAAGUUGAAGACAAGAAGCCGGAAGAGAACAAGCCGGAGGAGAGGAAAGAGGAGCAGUCAAAGGCUGAAGAGAAGAAGCCCGAAGAGAAAAAAGCGGAAGAGAGUAAGGAGGAGAAGAAGCCCGACGAUAAGAAGCCAGAGGACAAGAAGGACGAGUAUUCUGGCGAUGUGACUGUGGAGAAAGGAAGUGGAGGCUCGCCGCCUCCAAAGCGCGAGAUCGCGUACGCUUCGCGCGACGUCGAUGUUUUAGAUCGACGACAGCAAGAGUUGAUGCGGCGUGCAGAGCAUAUCCUGCUUAUCAAGACGGCUCCCUUGUUUGGCAGGCAAGAGUCCAGGAUUGGGAAUGAGGGGCCACGCAUACGCAAGAGAAAUCUGGUCUGGGCGACCCACGUCGUCCUGCAACGACGAAUGUCUAGCGCUUUCACGCACAUCCUCACUGGAGCCCUCUUGAUCGCUUGCAUGGCUAUCAUCACCGUCACAUGGGCGAACACAGCUCGCAGGCUUGAGCUACGAUGAGAAGUAAGGCGCGCUUCUCCAAAAAGCUCUCUUGAUGCUCAUGAUGUUCAAUGGCAUGACUGCUUUCGUGAUUCCCGCGGAAUAUGACGGCUUGAUCAGCUGCUGCGACAGGGCGAUGCUACAGUCUUGCCUUUGUGAUUGAUACGACGUCAUUGACGAUGAG